ACUUUGACUGUAAGUAUUGGCAUCUGUGUGAUUAUUAAUGAAAGAUUUGUUAUCGUUUCAUUCUGGAAUGUAAUCAUGAUUCGUUUAAUAUCAUUUCGAGUAUAAUCUUAAUAUUAUCUAAAAAAUUAUACAAACAUUUUUUAUAUCAAUUUUUGUCAAUAACCUAUAUUACUUUACUUCGUUUUAAAAUGUCCGUAAUGGAGGAAAAAGAAAGUAAUUUGUUAGAAAAAAAUAAACUAAAAACUGAUACAGGACAAGAUACAUCAUAUUAUUCAAACAGGCCAUCAGAUUUGUCCAUUGGAAGUAGUAGAGAUAGUCGUAGUGUUUCAAAUAAUGAGAAAGCAGAUAAUGCUAUAUUAGUUGCUGAACAUUACAAUGCAAUUGAAGAAACACAUCUUUCACAAAGGAAUCAGAGUCGCAUUGUGUACAUGAGAAACUUUAAUAAUUGGAUCAAGAGUAUGCUUAUAAAUGAAUAUUUAACUUUAACUAAAAUAAAACAAAUCAAAAAUCAUAACAGCCCAUUAAAGGUACUUGAUAUGUGUUGCGGUAAAGGAGGAGAUCUUCUUAAAUGGAAAAAAGGAGAGAUUAGUCACUUAAUCUGUGCUGAUAUAGCUGAAAUAUCAAUAGAACAGUGUAAAAAUCGAUAUAGUGAUAUUUUAAACAAAAGUUCCAAAGUAAGGGGAUUUGCACCCAUUUUUACUGCUGAAUUUAUUGCAGCAGACUGUACAAAGGUAUGCCUAAGAGAAAAAUACAAGGAUGUUACUAUACAAUUUGAUCUUGUGAGCUGUCAGUUCGCAUUUCAUUAUAGUUUUGAAUCACUAUCACAAGCAGAAUGUAUGCUUCGAAAUGCAAGUGAAUGCUUAAGGCCAGGUGGUUAUUUUAUUGGAACUGUUCCAGAUGCUUAUGACUUAGUUUCUAGAUGGCAAAAGUGCGAUGGUAACAAGUUUGGAAAUGAUGUUUAUAGCGUAGAAUUUUUAUGUAAAGAUAAGAUGAAACCACCUUUCUUUGGUGCUAAAUAUAAUUUUCAUCUUGAAGGUGUAGUUAAUUGUCCAGAAUUUCUUGUUCAUCUCCCUACACUCUGCAAAUUAGCUUCUAAAUUUGGUCUUGAAUUAGUAAUGUUUGAAAGAUUUGAAACUUAUUAUGAACGCAUGAAGAAUGAAGGCAAAUCUUUGCUGGGUAAAAUGCAAGCUUUGGAAACUUAUCCUCCGUAUCAUGAAAGUCCAUUAUUGGGACAACCUUUGCAAGAUUAUCAGCAUGCUAUAAAUUAUAUGCAAAAUCUACCAGGCCAUCGUAAAAUUGGCACAUUGUCUCAAGCAGAAUGGGAAGUCACAUCACUUUAUGCAGUAUUUGCAUUUCAAAAAAAAGAGGUAGACUAGAGUGGAACAAGAGGAUGAAAACAACAAUGAAGCCAUUAUAAGGCAGGAUAAGUGAAGCUACAAAAGAAGUUCUUUAUUUCAUGAUGAAAAUAUUUAGAAUGGCAUUAUUACAGGCUUACAUAAUGCAUGAUCAAUGAUUUUAUAUCAUAUAAAUUAUUUUGUUACCAUAGAAAAAUAUAUAUAAUCAGAUUUAGUCUCCAA